AUGUCGCAACCCCAGACCCCGCCCCAGUCCCAGGAGCAGCUCCAAUUGCCCACAUACCCCCCUCCUCCCCAUGAAUCCUCACAUCACCCGUCCUCUUCCCCGUCCCACUCGCCUUCUUCCCCCACCCACUCGCCCUCUUCCCCGUCCCCCUCGCCCUCUUCCUCAUCGCCAUCCGAGUCGCCUCAACAGGAGCAACAACUGGAGCAGCAGGAGCAGCCCCAGGCUCACGCUGGUUGGCAAAGAACAGACCUGGGCCUACAACUAGCAGUCUCCUUCCUCUUUGCGCUGCAUGCGAUUUUCCUGGGUGCUGGGUUGGUGAUGACUUGGAAGGGUCGGACGGUUCCGGGUGGCCGUGUGUACAACAACGCCGGCCCAGGCUUCGGCAUUAUUGGCGCCCUUCUCUCCUUCCCCCCCUUAAUUGCCGCCUGUAGAAAGGUCCAGGGCACUGAGUCGACGGCGUUGGGCUGGCUUGCGGUGGCGACGGCGGCGCUGGUUCUAGGCAUCGUCAGCACGGUGGGCAACAUGGUCUUCUCAAGUCUAGGACACGGAUAA